AUGAAUUAAAUAGUGUAAGCUAAACCAAAAUUGUAUGCGGAUUAUAAUAAGAAUCAACCGAAAGAGUAUUGGGACUAUGAUAAUUUUGAAAAUGAAUGGGGUGAUAAUGAUUAAUAUGAAAUAAUUAGAAAAAUUGGAAGAGGAAAAUACUCUGAUGUUUAUGAAGGGAUCAGAUACCCUUAAAAUUAGAGAGUAGUAAUAAAAGUGUUGAAGCCUGUGAAGAAAAGGAAAAUAAAAAGAGAGACAAAGAUUCUGCUUUCAUUAAAAGGACAUCCAAACAUCAUUGAGUUGAGUGACAUCGUAAGAGACCCAGCAUCUAAAACUCCUUGUUUGGUGUUUGAUUACAUUGAUCAUGUUGAUUUUAGAAGCAUCUUUCCAAAACUCACUGAUAUAGAAAUUCGAUUUUAUCUAUAUGAAUUAAUGAAAGCUUUGGAUUUUUGCCAUUCUAGAGGAAUCAUGCAUCGAGAUGUUAAGCCUUAGAAUAUAAUAGUGAAUCCUUAGAAAAAGUUAUUGAAAUUGCUUGAUUUUGGUUUAGCAGAAUAUUAUCACAUGGGCCAAGAUUAUAACGUUAGAGUUGCAUCUCGAUAUUUCAAAGGUCCUGAAUUAUUAGUUGAUAAUGUUUAUUAUGAUUAUUCAUUGGAUAUUUGGAGUAGUGGAGCCAUGCUUGCAUCUAUGAUUUUCAAGAAAGAGCCAUUCUUUUAGGGAAAUGACAAUUACGACCAGUUAGUAGUCAUAGCAAAAGUAUUGGGGACUGAAGAUUUAUUAGCAUACGUUAAGAAGUACAGAUUGAAAUUAGAUCCAGUAUUUGACAAUAAAUUGGGAAAUUAUCCAAAAAGAGAAUGGUCAAAGUUUAUUAAUCAAGAGAAUAAGCAUUUGUGCACAGAAGAGGCUAUUGAUUUAUUAUCCAAAAUGUUGUUGUAUGAUCAUGCAUUAAGAAUUACACCUAAAGAAGCCUUAGAUCAUCCAUAUUUCUUGCCUGUUAGAGAUUAGAAAAAAUGAAAUUGGCUUUUUUAGUAUUAUAUUAAAUUACAUACAAAUAUAAAUUUAUAAACAAUAA